UAAGGCCGCGCCGCUCCCGCACUGUGAUUCGACCGGAGAAAGGAUAAAGUGUCCAAACGCAGAGAAAAACUCCCGCUGAAGCGACUGAUCUCCACACAGUUAUAAAGAUGGCGUUUAUUAAAGAGGAGAGUGAAGAUGUGAAGAUUGAAGAAACAUUCAGAGUCAAACAGGAAGAUCUGCAGGAACAAACAGAACUAAUUGAAGAUAAUGAGAUGUGGAAAGAGGAGGAACAUAUCAAAAUUGAGGAAAAAAAUAAUUCACAAACUGAUGGUAUUUUGAAAAGGAGAGACAAGAAUCGGUUCACCUGCACGCAUUGUGGAAAGAGUUUUGGAAAAAAAGGCAAUCUUAAUAUUCACAUGAGGAACCACACUGGAGAAAAACCAUUCACAUGCACCCAGUGUGGGAAGAGUUUCAGCCAAUCAUCAUCCCUUAAUCUACACAUGAAGAUUCACACUGAAGAGAAACCAUUCACAUGCACUCAGUGUGGGAGGAGUUUCAGCCAAUCAUCAUCCCUUAAUCUACACAUGAAGAUCCACACUGGAGAGAAACCAUUCACAUGCACCCAGUGUGGGAAGAGUUUCAGCCAAUCAUCAAACUUAAAUCUACACAUGAAGAUCCACACUGGAGAGAAACCAUUCCCUUGCACUCAGUGUGGGAGGAGUUUCAGCCAAUCAUCAUCCCUUAAUCUACACAUGAUGAGCCACACUGGAAAGAAACAAUUCACUUGCACUCAGUGUGAGAGGAGUUUCAGCCAAUCAUCAAACUUUAAUAAACACAUGAAGAUCCACACUGGAGAGAAACCAUUCACAUGCACCCAGUGUGGGAAGAGUUUCAGCCAAUCAUCAAACUUUAAUCUACACAUGACGAGCCACACUGGAGAGAGACCAUUCACAUGCACUCAGUGUGGGAAGAGUUUUAAAUGCUCAUCACACCUUAAUCAACACAUGAGGAUCCACACUGGAGAGAGACCAUUCACAUGUACUCAGUGUGGGAAGAGUUUCAGCCACUCAUCACACCUUAAUCAACACAUGAGAAUCCACACCGGAGAGAAACCAUUCACUUGCACUCAGUGUGGGAAGAGUUUCAGCCAAUCAGCCAACUUUAAUCACCACAUGAGAAUCCACACCGGAGAGAAACCAUUCACUUGCACUCAGUGUGGGAAGAGUUUCAGCCAAUCAUCAUCCCUUAAUCUACACAUGAGGAUCCACACUGGAGAGAAACCAUUCACAUGCACUCAGUGUGGGAAGAGUUUUAAAUGCUCAUCACACCUUAAUCAACACAUGAGGAUCCAUAGUGGAGAGAAACCAUUCACUCAUUCUUGCACUUAAGCUGUGGUCACACUGGACUUUUCUCUCCAUAGACUUCCAUUUAUGUGCACGCGAAUGCAUCAGACCGGAAACACAAAUUCGUGCAUCAAGUUUCACUGUUCUCUGCGUUGCAAAGUACAAGCUUGGUAAACUCUGACCUGCGAAAUUGCAUCACUUGACUGUGUGAGACCAAUCGAAGUUCAAAACAUGACCUCGCUGGACAGCAAAUUAAAUUAUGGACCAAUCGCUCACUUUUUUUAAUGUCUAAUCAUCUUGUUUAAUCCCGCCCCUUUUCGCAGCGCCGUACAACAGAAUUUUGCAUGCUCAAACUCUAGUGUGACCGCAGCUUCGGUGUGGGAUGAGUAUAUGUGGUGGAGUGUGAGAAGACUGUUAUUACAGCUCCAAAAUUGAAACUGCACCAGACAAUUCACACUGGAGAGAUGGUACAAGUGUUCACACUGUGACAAGAGGUUUAAUCAGUUAACAUAUCUGAAACGCACUGGAGAAAAACUGUACAGAUCUGAUCAGUGUCUACAGAGUUUCGCUUAUACGGCGCAGUUUAAUAAACACGUGGACAAAAAGUUGCACACAUGACAUGAAUGCAGCAAAACACUUUCUCAUGUUCACAGGAUGUUUCAUGUCUGAAUAAUGUUUAAAAGGCUGAGUGACAGCAUUCUGUUUUUCAACACACCCACACUGCAGUAGGUGGGGUUGUAAAUGUGUUGCGCUCCUCGCGUUUACCGUAAACACAAUGGUGGCGGCUGAGAGAAGAACAGUUUGUUUUUGAUGAUGUUCUUUGUCUGACUCCCUGAAGGAGAAACAAAUCUCUGGGAAGACACUGCUCAUCAAAGAAGGUGGAGCUCCAGGACGGUUAGUUUGCAGUAUAACAUGGCCUCAAGUUUAGAAAGCCCAUUCAAUUGUCCUGUGUUGCAUCUUUUAUUGGUAAAGUUUAUUUACUUUAAGGUUCUAGAUUUUUUCUAGUUUACUACAUUUACUUGUUGAAGUAGAAUACAAACUUGAUAAAUAUUUUAUGAUUUAGGUAGAGUGACAGGAAUUAAGUUAUACAAUAUUAAUACAGUGUGAUGAUCCCAAGACUCCAGAUUGGAGUAUGGGGUAAAUCCUGAUUGGAUGCCUGCAUUACUUAUCAAUGGGUAUAUAAAAGUUGUAGCUAGCUACUCCAGGACGCUGUGGGUACUCGGGAGUCCUCAUGUCAAGACCUGUCAUCUCAUUGACUCUUUAACCUUAUGGUUUUGUUUUGCAUUACUUAUGUCAUGUACUUAAAGUGUUGUUGUGAUUAUAUCCUAAGUUCUUUAUCUUCAUUAUUAUCCCUAGACAUUUGUUGGUAGCUUUGAUUGAUUGUUCUAUGAGUGACAUUUUAUAAUAAAUAGUUUGCAUUCA